UUUUUUUAUUGUCACUUUUAUUGAUAAAUAAAUUUAUGAUUAUUCAUAUAAUCAGGGGAUGCACAGUAGAAUAGGAUUAUCAAUGUGUCAUUAUGCGUGCGAAUUGAUAUUGUCACGAGGAAUUAAUGCAUUUGCAAAACAAUUAUAUAUAUAUACAUAAAAAAUAGAUGUAUGUUUAGUAAACUUUUACAGAUACAUUAUCAAGACAUGAAAUACACUUCUAGGAAAUUGAUCGUAUAAAAAUAAUCGCAAGGGUCCAAAGAAUGACUUCUUUGAUUACUUAUCUCAAGACUAUCCAUUACUCUAUCUCGCCGAGCCACUUUACUCAAUGUCUUUCCGAUGCACCGUAACCAAUGACGUGUAUGAGCACCCUAUAUUAUACAAAUUUUUUAAUUCUUUAUAUCUCUAGACAUGAGAUUUGUAUAUGUCGGUCAAAAAGCAAUGAUAUUUAUGUACGACAGAACUGUAUGUACAAUUUUAUUAGAUAUUCUCUCGGUAAAUUUAAACUUUAUUAUUAGUACGAAUCAGGAUUUAUGAGUUUUAUACAACAAGAACGGAUUAUUGUUUUGCGGGUAUGAAUAAUAUUUGUGAAAAAGAUAAGAGGAAACGUGAGACUAUUGUUUCGAGAGACGGUAUACGUCUAAUUAUUUCGUAGAUAUUACGACGACAAUCACCCGUUGACUUUAUACAUAGAUGAGUUUAUUAAGUCAAUAGAAUUAAGCGAAAGAGAUUGUAUUUUCAAUAGCUUUAAUGUUUAUUCUAACAAUCUUCUCGGCUCGUGAAACGAUGAUUGACUUAAUGUAAAUUAUGGGAGACUGUGGGAUUGAAACUUGAUUAGAAGUGAUAAGCCGACGCAAAGAAUCGAAGAUAAAUAAUAUUUUGAAUAAACAAAACAAUGUAAAUGUUACAUGCUCAUUUUGGAUGAAGCCAAAGCUUAAAAGAGAGCCUUAAAUACAUACGUGAGUGCCAAGAGUCGUAGACUGUCGUGGAGAGAGGAGUAAAGAAUUUCAUAGGAUAAAAAAGAAGGAAAUAGAAGAAUAUGCAGUGAAAAGUGAAAAGAAAAUUUUAAUAAACUGAAAAAAUUAAUUUGAAUAACGAAGAAAGAAUAUUUGUAAGAAAAGUUUUGUCAUUUUUUUCACAUUUUCAGUGGCUAUGUCUUAUGAUCUAUUAGGUGUGUUGGUAUGGUAUUGUACAAAAAAAAAAUAGUAAUCAACUGCGUUCAUUGUUAAUUAUUUUUUAACAAUCACUUGUUGUCUAAAAGAUUUUUCAAACUGUCGUCUGCGCUUUUUACAAUUAUUGCGGACGAUAUACAGGGUAAUGUGUCAAAGAGAUUGAAGUACACAAUAAUAAGCAUUAUCUCAAUGAUUAUAGAUGACAUGUGGAAAUUGAUGUACAUUGCGUGAUGCUGCAGUACAUUAAAGAGAAAAAUACAAUAAUUCAUUUAACUAAAUCCUAAACAAGACAGUAAAAGGUGUUAUGAAGAAUUACGUGAAAAACAUUUGCAAGCAUAUCACAGGUCACGAAAUUAUCAGUAGGGUCGUCGAACGUAUUACAUGGCUAAAUGCAACAUCCAUAGAAAGACGCAACCAAGUUUUUACAUUCUUCUAUUUAGUGCGCACAAAAUUAAAGAAUAUCGCAAAAUCCACUGAAGCAGUUAAUAUAAAUAAAAAACAAGUCAUUAAAAUUAGUCAUGAAUCAUCCACCGUGUCGCAUUACAGAAAAGUGUCAAAUAUCCCUGAAGAAGAAUUUUCUGGUACAGUUAUUGUACCAGUGAUAUACUGUUAUAUUGUACCUCUUCUCUCUUUCUUAUUCUUUGGUCUUCAUGUUCGAAAUCAUUGUAACAUACAUGCCGCACAAAGUAAUUUCGGUUUACAAAUACAAGAAACAAGAAAGUUAUUUAUCAUGUUUGUUAAACUAUCACCAAUCGCAGCUACGAUGAGUAAUCCAAACCCAAAUCAUAUUGGAUGCCAAUAUAUAAAGAAAUUAUUUAAGAUUUUUCUAACCAAAACUCAUUGGUCAAAGUUCCCUUGAAUCAGACAGGAACCACAAAUUUUGCUUCCUCAUAGAAGAACCUAUGUGACGGUGGAAAAUUUUUGAAAAAAAAAAACAAAUUUUUUGGGUUUGUGUCUGAGAUGCUUCUUGUUGAGCUACGGUUGGUCAUGUCAAUGCGUUAUUAUGUAAUGGUAAUGAACUUGAAGAAAUUCAAACACACCAGCAGUUCCCCUUCUGAACUGAUUACUGAUUUGAACGUCACUACCGACCCCUUGACUUAAAACCAGUUCUCAGUACGUCCGUGACCAUCAAGGAAUCAUCAUCGCAAAUUCGUAGAGCACGCCGUUCUUCAGUCGAUUCAUCGUCACCUUUCCAGAUUUAAAUCAUUUACUGGAUCUACUCAGCAGCAAUACAUGGCUAACGGACGAGAAUGUGCUUCCUGCGGUCCUGGAUACAGGAGUCCAAUAGCUGCCAUGUUGGAAGGACCAAGGGAAAAGAUUUUAUACGUUGUCUGCAUUAAUACGGAUGACAGUAAACCUGAUGUCCUUUCGACUGUCGACGUGGAUCCUGAAAGCCCAACCUAUUGUCAGAUUGUACAUAAGUUAAGGAUGCUGCAUGCUGGAGAUGAGUUGCACCAUUCCGGCUGGAACAUAUGUAGCAGCUGUCACGAUCUUCCUAGAAAGCGGGAUACUCUGGUGCUGCCGUCUCUCAUGUCAGAUAGACUGUACUUGGUGGAUGUGUCAAAGGAGCUUGAGCCAUCGAUAAAAAAGGUGAUCGAACCUGAUGAAAUGCAUGAAUGGGGUCUGUCCACGCCACAUACGUCCCAUUGCUCUCCUACGGGAGAGAUUCUUAUUUCCACCAUGGGUACGCCCGACGGAGAUGGUCUUGGAGAAUAUUUUUCAAUCAACAGUGAAACACUCCAGGUCAAAGGUCGAUGGAGCAAGGGUGAUAAGCAAGCCAGGUUCGGUUACGAUUUUUGGUACCAGCCUUAUCAUGACAUACUCAUUGGUAGCGAGUGGGGAACACCAAGAGUCUUCAAGAGAGGAUUCGAAGCUGGUGAUGCUGCUGAUCCCAAUGUCUAUGGAAGGAGUCUGAAUGUUUACUCCUGGAGCGGUAGGAAUCUACUUCAGACUAUAGAUCUAGGGGAAGAUGGAAUUGCUCCUCUGGAGAUAAGAUUUCUUCACGAGCCUACAGCAUCCGAGGGUCUUGUAGGUUGUGCAGUGAAGUCAGCCAUCUUUAGGUUCUUUAAGAACGAAAAGGGCACGUGGUCUGCCGAGAAGGUCCUUCAGGUUCCACCUAAAAAGGUUGAAGGUUGGAUAGCACCGGACAUGUAUGGCAUGAUUACUGAUAUCUUACUGAGUCUGGAUGACAAGUACCUCUACUUCUCGAACUGGCUCCAUGGAGACGUUAGACAGUAUGAUAUCACAGACAUCCGUAAUCCCAAACUAACAGGUCAAGUGUUACUGGGUGGGUCCAUACUCUCAGAUUCUAAGAUACGCGUCCUGGAGGAUCCAGAAGGGUCAGGGCAACGUGAGCCUGUGUUUGUGAAAGGACGACGUCUCUACGGCUCCCCUCAGAUGCUUCAAUUAAGUUUGGACGGACGACGACUCUAUGUAACCACUUCGAUUUUCAAACCCUGGGAUAGACAAUUUUAUCCUGAUAUAAUAAAGCACGGCUCGACAAUGGUGAAGCUCGACAUUGACGUUGAGAAUGGGGGCAUGAAAUUGGAUGAGGAUUUUCUGGUGGAUUUUGGUGCUGAUAAGGAAGAUAUUUUGUUGGCUCAUGAGAUUAGAUAUCCCGGAGGUGAUUGCACGUCGGAUAUUUGGCUUCCGGAAAAAUAGGAGGAUUUUUUUCCAGUGAUUUGUGGACAGAGUCAGAGCAGCUAAUGGGAACAAGUUUAAGAUUCCUAUAAGCGAUGGGAAUUUAAAAAAAUAUUAAGUUCGCUCUGUGCGACUAUCGAGGGACCGAUUUAUAAUCAUCACAGCACAAUAUUUUCUAACAUAUUUUAUUGUAAUAUAAAACUAAUAAAAAAUAUUAAAUACCUGUUCAAGAUCGAA